AAGUAAUAAGAAAUACGACACGUGAGGCUAUGAUUGAUGCUCAAAAAACCAAAAUACAAGGCGUGGCGUAUAUACAGGGUUCGCUGAAAUACUAUAGACUAUUCGUCCCACCAACAGAAAGAGGAGAACAAAAAGAGAAUUUUUUUAGAAAAACGACAAUUUCUUCACUGUUAAUUCUCAUCUGCAACUUUGAUUCCCCGGAAGAAAAACAGCGUUUUGCAGUGUUUUAAGCAGCUGAAGAUUAUUGGGGAUCAGUGUUCAAAUAUAUAGAAAGAAAAAAGACAAUGUGAGAGAUGAAGAAACCUCGCAGUGUCGGACCCAAGAACAAAGCGAAUCUCAAAUUGGGCCGAAAUCUGGCCAAUAGCCUCGAUCCUGACAGCAAAUUGACGAGCAGAAACUUGUGCAAAAUCUCUGUUCCACUGUUCUUUUUGUUUUGGUGCGGCGUCGUUUUGUUUCAUGCUAAUCUCACUCGUGGAAAUGAAGGGGAUUUGCUUGCCUACAACGGGACUAAAUCAGACCCGGGUUUUCGUGACAAAAAGCUACUCAACCAUACCAUCUCAGUUGCAAAAACUGAACAAGAGAAUAAAACCAGUCGAAUAAUGACGGACCCAAACGUGUCUCAUAUUACUAACAGCUCCACCGAGCUAAAUAUCCUUUCAAACCAAGAACACUCGAUUAUGGUAACAAGUCGACUGCAAGAACUGAUAUCUGUCUUCUUUGGCCACGAUCCGUACACAUGCCCAGUAACAACACAAGAAAACGGGCUCGAAGCCGAACCCGAAACGCACCAAAACGGGAGAAUCCAUCUUACUUACCCGAACCUCGACGACUUCAAGCACAUCUCGAGACAGGAAAAACCCGAUACUUCCCGCCAGCUCGUCAACAUCACCCACAGGCUUGAGCCUGACGGCACCCCUUACAACUAUGCCUCGGCUUCGAAAGGUGCAAAAGUGGUGGCCCACAACCGAGAGUCCAAGGGAGCCAACAAUGUUCUUGGCAAGGACCAUGACAAGUACCUCAGGAACCCGUGCUCGGCCGAAGGCAAAUUUUUCAUAAUCGAGCUCUCUGAUGAAACCCUAGUGGAUGCUGUCAAGAUCGCAAAUUUCGAGCAUCAUUCUUCUAAUUUCAAGGAAUUCGAGCUCUCGGGAAGUUUGGUCUACCCAGCCGAGACGUGGGACAGUUUGGGAUCAUUUGUGGCGGCGAACUCGAAGCACAUGCAGUGCUUUAAGCUUCCCGAGCCAAAAUGGGUCCGGUACUUGAGGGUGAAUUUGCUGAGUCAUUAUGGUUCGGAAUUCUAUUGUACGUUGAGUGUGGUCGAGGUUUAUGGGGUCGAUGCCAUCGAGCAGAUGCUCGAGGAUCUUAUUGUCCCGUCUGGAGAGGCCAAUACAAACUCGACUGCAAUUCCUGCUGUAUUAUCUGAAAACAGCACAAGUAAAUCCGAAAUUGAUGAAACUUCUCGUAAUUUUGUUGAGACAGUGAGUAAAGGGGUUGUGGGCAGUGUUGAUGAAGGCCAAAUGAUUGGUUUGGAUUUACCGAAGAAGGGUUCGGUGACGAGUGGUGUGUCCGAGCCAUUGCCAAAGGCCAGACAGCACCCGAAUAGCAGGUUGCAUGCAGAUGCCGCCUUAAAAGUAGUGUUGCAGAAGGUUCGGUCAAUCGAGCUGAAUAUGGAGGUUCUCGAGGAGUAUAUAAAACAGCUUCACAAGAGAAGAGGAGAUGUUUUGCCUGAGCUUGAGAAGGAGCUGACGAAGUUUAAUGCCCUUCUGGAGAAGAGUAAAUCGGAGUUGAAGAAACUUAUGGAAUGGAAGGAAAUAAUGGCUAAGGGGAUUCUUGAACUGGAGUCAUGGAGACUUGCUGUGUCUACACAGAUGGAUCUUGUGGUUCGCCACAAUAGCAUGCUGAGAGUAGAGGUUGAAAAGGUUUUACAUGAUCAAGUGAGCCUGGAAAAGAAAGAGCUUGCAAUUCUAACAGUGACUUUGACCUUUGCGUGCAUUGCCAUUUUCAAGAUAAUAUCAGAAAGGGUGGUGAAGUUUUUCCGGGCCCCAACACCUGGUACAGUUUACCAGUCGAGCAGAGGAUGGAUUUUAAUCUUCAUAUUCUGUAGUUUGACGAUGCUAAUCCCGGUGAUUUAUGAUUAGUUUCCAAAUCGUGUGUGUGUGUGUGUGUGUGUGUUGUGGAAAUGUGAGAAAAGUUUAUAGCUUUUGCAGGUCUACAGAAUAUGGUAAGAGGUCUAGAUUUUUGUGUCAGAAUGUGCAUCUUAAUGCCUAUCCUCAGUAUAACAUGCGCUUUUGUGAUCGGGUUGUAUUGAGUUUCUCAGUGUAAAAGCCAAAUACUCGUGUAGUUGAAAUCCAUGUUUUAAAAGU